AUGGAAGCGCCAAUUCAACUAUCAUUCCCCCUCCCGCGGUCACUGGACACUCGCGUCUACCUCCAUCUGACAAUCAAGUCCAAGGCCAUUCUUCUCUUUCUGACGACCGGAUCCAUGGAGGAAGCAACCUCCCCAACUCCAUUGGGGUCGUUUGUUUAUGCCCUGCCUGAUAAAUACAACCCAAGCCAGCCUUUGGCAACACCACUUUGCACGGUGGAGCCGACACUUGAGUUCACAACGCGGCUGGCCAAGGUGUUGGCGAGGAAGACGCUGCGCCCGACAUACGUCGCCAACUCGAUAAGCUUGGCCAGCACUGGUUUGGGCGGCACCGUGGAGGAGGAAAUGGACGCGUUCAAAAAGGUCGUCGAGGUCACUCUAGCGCAACUGCAGCCCGCCAUUACGUCCACGCAGCCGCCCUCUGAUGGAAUCCGUCCGGAAUAA